CUGGCGCUUGCAUCGGAUUCAAGCAAGGGAGGCCACAGAAGUUUAGUGAGCGUCGGUGUGCGUAAAAUGGCGGACGGUGACAUUGAUUUGUACGCCGAUGAUCUCGAGCAAGAUUUUGCGCAGGACGAAUUUGCGGGUGAUGGCGUCGAUCUUUACGACGACGUUAUAGCUGCUCCUUCCGGAGGUAAUGGUGGCACUGCUGGUGGAAACAGCGGUUCUAUCGAUGGAGAUGCCACUUCCAACAACGAAGAAACAAAUGGCAAUGCUCCGUAUCACCAAUUGGGCAAUAACAUUCAACCCAAUCAGAUUGGCAGACGCCAUCAACUUUAUAUCGGCAAUCUAACUUGGUGGACAAGUGAUCAGGACAUCACAGAUGCAGUACAGAGUAUAGGUGUAUCGGAUUUCGUGGAAGUGAAAUUUUUCGAGAACCGUGCGAACGGCCAGUCCAAAGGUUUCUGCGUAGUGUCGCUCGGCUCGGAACAAAGUAUGAGGAUGUGCAUGGAAAGACUUCCUAAAAAGGAUCUUCACGGACAGAAUCCUGUCGUGACGUUUCCCACGAAACAAGCUUUGAAUCAGUUUGAGUCGCAAUGCAAGACAAGACCAGCUCCAGCCCCGCAACAGAGUCAGAGUCAGCGUCCUCACAAUAAUCCACAUCAGCACCAACCGCCUUCGUCGCACGAACGCGGAAUACACAUCAAUGUGAAUCAACAUAUGCAACAUUCACAACAAAAUCACGGCCCUAGAAUGAUGAUGGGUCCUCCUCAGGGUCCGCGACCGCAGAGAUUGCCGCCUCCUGGAAUGGGAGGACCUCAGGGACCUGGCGGACCAGGACAACAAGGGCCACCUCGGAUGCACGGGCCACCGAUGGGAGGGCCAGUGCCUCAUCAUUCGAUUCCUGGCCAUCCGAAUCAAGGACCGCCACCACCUGGAUAUCAGCAGAGUCACUGGAACGGCCCACGACCAAAUGGACCUCCUGGACCUCCGAGAGGACCAAACGGACCGGGUGGACCACCUCAACAAGGUCCACCAGGACCUGGGCCUGGGCAACACAGGCCACCUGGGAUGGUGCGUGACCGAAUGCAAUUCCACGGUGGGCCCCCUGGGCCACCUGGACAGGGACCUCCGCGUGGACCACCCGGACAUCCGGGAGGACCACCUGGUGAUCCAAGAGGAGCUCCACCUCGCCCUGACUGGAAUCGACCGCCAGGCAUGCAUCACGGACCGCAGGGACCACCAUUCCCGCAGCAUCAGCAUAUGCAAGGUCCUCAAGGACCGGGACAAGGUCCACCUCAAAGGGGACCACCUCCAGGCUCGAUGGGUGGUAUGUUGCCAGGUCCUGGCGGUCCACCACAAGGUCACGGUGGACCACCGCAAGGUCCACCGCAAGGACCUCCUGGAGGUCCUGCGCCUCACGUUAAUCCGGCCUUCUUCCCGCAAGGUCCACCACAUCAACAUCCCGGUCAACAUCCAGGCGGGCCGCCUGGUCCACCUGGACCACCGCAUGGUCCGCCUCAUGGCCCGCCUCAUGGUCCUCCUCACGGACCCCCCCAUGGACAACCCCAUGGACCACCACACGCACCUCCUCAUGGCUAUGGUCCACCAUCAGCCCAGCCACCCUACGGUGCACCUGGACCUGAUCAUCGUGCCGAAGGUCCACCCCCUUUGACGGAACAGGAAUUCGAAGAAAUAAUGGGUCGUAAUCGAACCGUUUCAUCAUCCGCUAUCGCCCGUGCGGUAUCGGACGCUGCAGCGGGUGAAUACGCUAGUGCCAUAGAAACCUUGGUCACCGCGAUAUCACUCAUCAAACAAUCCAAGGUUGCGGCAGACGAUCGAUGUAAAAUUUUGAUAAGUUCCCUCCAAGAUACGCUCAGGGGAGUGGAAACCAAGAGUUACGGUUCGGCCCGACGAGAACGUUCUCGCUCACGCGAUAGAGAACGGAGUCACAGACGACGUCGAGAGCGGUCAAGAAGUCGUGAUCGUGAAUACAGGGAGCGCAGUCGGGAGCGUGAUCGUGAUAGAGACAGGGAACGUGAUCGCGAAAGGGAUCGUGAUCGUGAUCGCGAGCGUGAACGUUACUACAGCGAGCCGUAUCCGAGGGAGAGAUCACGCAGCAGGGAGCGGGAUCGUGAACGUGAACGCGACAGGGAAUAUAGAGAGCGAAGCCGCGAAGAGAGUACGACGCGUCAGUCAGCCAGACCGAGAGUAAAGGAAGAGCCGCCUGAAACGGCUCCAGUAUCGUCCGCCAAGCCGUCUAGGUAUUAUGACGAUCGCUACAGAGAACGCGAACGAGAGAGAGACCGAGAGCGUGAAACCAGCAGAAGACCAGCCGAAAGGGAGAGAGAACCAGAACGCGAACGUGAAAGAGAACGUGAACGGGAUCGUCGCGACGAGAGAGGAGAUUCAUCGCAUCGUUCCAGACAUUAGAAGACAGAGACGGAAUAAAAAAUAGCAAGGGGAGAGUAACAAAAUAAAUGCCACGAAAGAAAAAACAAAUUAGAAAACGAAAACUGACGUCGCAUCUUGACCCAAAAAUGACGAUCGCACCGUGCAAGAAAUUAGAACAUGGGUUCCAUGUAUCUUUUUUUCGUUCGAAACCAAUGGGCGAUUCAUUCUCCUUCAUCUUCGUGAUCAACCGCAUUUUUUUCUCGGACUGUUGCAACGACUAAUGAAAUAACAAUUUAACACCGACUGAACAGUGUUAGAUGUAUAAUGAAGUUUUAUCAAAACCCUCGUUUUCAAACACUUCAUCGAAGGCUGACAACCGAAUGAAUUCACCACUUCGCUUUAUCUACGGCGAAUUGAAAACUUUGUUUAGAGCCUUUAAAGUUUCUUUUCCUUUUUUUUUCGUUUUUUUAUUGCUUUUCCAAUUUGCCACAAUGGGUUUUUCUUCGACACACUAUAUACAUACGAUAACUAUAAUUUACAUGUAUACAUAUAUAUAUAUAUGUAUCAGCUCUGUAGUUGAGAAAACGUUGACAUAGAUUUAACAAGGAAAAAACUAAAAAGAUGAAAUUCGGCUGAUCAUACUUUUUUUUUAGUAGCCAACCGACAAUGACGAUAAUUGACUAUGUGUGUGGUUUUACAAAUUGAGUAUAUGUAUGUCGGAAAUAUUUAGUGAGGGACGAGGGAGGGAAAGGACAGAAGAAACACGAAAACAGAAAGAACAACCGUGCAAGAUAUCAAGAACGAAGUAUAACGGAAAAUCUAAACGAGAACGAAAAUAACAAUAUCGAAAAUAUAAUGCGGGAUUUUAAGGAACAACUAGAUUUCAUGCUACUUUACGUCGGACACCUCAAGAGGAAUGAAAAAGUCAUCAAUAUGAAUUUCAACGAUCUUCUAGCAACACGUCGAAGCAAGAUUGUAUCUUAAUACUAUAAUACAUAUAAAAAAAGAAAAAAAUAUUCGCUUUCCAAAUAUACAUGAUAAACAUGUC